AUGAAGAUCAUCGACAAGAUCCGUGCCAAGCUCGAGAAGGACGAGACGUUCUACUCGUUCGAGUACUUCCCGCCCAAGACGCAGGCCGGCGUGACGAACCUCUACUCGCGCAUCGACUGCAUGGCGCAGAUGGACCCGCUCUUCUGCGAUAUGACGUGGGGCGCCGGCGGCUCCACGGACAAGCUCACGCUCGAAAUCAGCGCCAACGUGCAAAAGUUCUCGGGGCUCGAGAUGCUCAUGCACCUCACGUGCACCAACAUGAGCCGCGGCAGCAUCAAGAACGCGCUGGACGCGGCGAAGGACGCGGGCAUUCAAAACAUCCUCGCGCUGCGCGGCGACCCGCCACGCGGCAAGACGACCUUUGAAGAGUGCGACGGCGGCUUCUCGUAUGCGCUCGACCUCGUCAAGUACAUUCGCCAAGAGUUUGGCGACUACUUUUGCAUCGCGGUCGCCGGGUACCCGGAAGGCCACCCGGACUCGACCGACCUCGAGCAGGACCUGCGCCAUCUCAAAGAAAAGGUGGACGCGGGCGCCGACUUUGUCGUCUCGCAGCUCUUUUACGACGCCAAAAUCUUUCUCGGGUUCGUCGACCGGUGUCGGGCCAUCGGCAUAUCGUGCCCGAUCCUGCCGGGCAUCAUGCCCAUCCAGAGCUACCUCGGGUUCACGCGCAUGAGCGCCAUGUGCUGCAAGACGAUCCCGGCCGCGAUCCACGAGGCGCUCGCGCCCAUCAAGGACAACGACGAGGCGGUCAAGGACUAUGGCGUCACGCUCGGCAUCCAAAUGUGCAAGGAGCUGCUCGAGGCAGGCGUCGCAGGCCUCCACAUGUACACGCUCAACCUCGAGCGCUCAACGCGAUUGAUCCUUGAGGGCCUCGACCUCAUCUCGUCGGCGCGCCGCGAGCUGCCGUGGCGGCCGUCGACCAUGAUCAAGCGCGUGUCCGAGUCGGUGCGCCCGAUCUUCUGGGCCAACCGCCCGAAGAGCUACCUCGACCGCACGUCGAGCUGGGACGAGUUUCCCAACGGCCGGUGGGGCGCCGAGUCGCACUACAUGCACGCGACGCACUCGAUUGCGGACCGCAAGGCCAUGUGGGGCGACGCGCCGACGUCACUCGACGACAUUUACGAGACGUUUACACGCUACUGCAUGGGCGCGCUCAAGAGUCUGCCGUGGUGCGACACGCCGUUGCAUCUCGAGACCAAGUCGAUCCAGGAGCUGCUCGCGGGCCUCAACCGCGCGGGCUUCCUCACCAUCAACUCGCAGCCGCGCGUGAACGCGGCGCCCUCGGACGACCCGAUGUUUGGCUGGGGCGGGCCCGGCGGCCGCGUCUACCAAAAGGCGUACGUCGAGUGCUUUGUGUCGCCGGCGAACCUCAAGCACAUCAUCGAGAAGGUCUCGAAGCUCAAGUGGGUCCAGUACCACGCGGUCGACGUGCACGGCAACUCGUACUCGAACGUGGGCAAGGGCACGACCGCCGUCACGUGGGGCUCGUUCCCGAACAAGGAGAUUCUGCAGCCCACGAUCGUCGACACGGACUCGUUCAUGGCCUGGAAGGACGAGGCGUUCAGCCUCUGGCUCUCGCUCUGGGGAUCGCUCUACGAGACAAACUCGGCCUCCUACGCGCUCCUCAAGGAGGUCCAUGACACGUUCUUCUUGGUCUCGAUCGUCGACAACAACUUUGUCAACGGCAACAUUUGGGAUGUCUUUGAGCUCUCGACGACCGACGCGGCAACGACGCCUUAA